AUGGGCUGGAUACACACUGUCAACCAGAGGGUUGCCGCGAGCCCGGUAGGCAGGUGGUUUCGGCUGCAAGGUUGCGGACACCCAAAGGAGCGUAAAAACUCGUUCUUCUUUACCGAAAUCCGCUCUGGGUUGGCUGCCUUCUUUGCCAUGGCCUACGUCAUCUCUGUCAAUGCCUCUGUAGUGUCAGACUCCGGAGGCACAUGCGUCUGCAAUGACCCGGUUGACAUCAGUUGCUCCACGGAUGUUGAUUACGCUCUCUGCGUCAACGAGAUCAAGAGAGACCUCGUGACGUCCACUGCUGCCAUCUCGGCCCUCACGUCCUUUUGUAUGGGCCUCUUUGCCAAUCUUCCAGUAUCGUUGGCGCCGGGCAUGGGCCUCAAUGCCUAUUUUGCCUAUACCGUUGUGGGAUAUCACGGCACCGGCAAUGUCCCCUACGAGGUCGCCCUUACGGCCAUCUUCGUGGAGGGAUGGAUCUUCUUUGCACUUGCUCUCUUUGGGAUGCGCCAAUGGCUGGCACGUGCCAUUCCUGCAUCCCUGAAGCUGGCCACCAGCGCUGGUAUCGGCCUCUUCUUGACCCUGAUCGGCCUGACCUACAGCGAAGGUAUCGGCCUGAUGGUGGGAGCUACUGAUACGCCGGUAGCACUCGCCGGAUGUCGCGAGGAGCUACUUAACGAGUCAGGCCAGUGCCCAAGCUCUGCCAAGAUGCGCAAUCCGGCGAUGUGGGUCGGCAUCUUCUGCGGUGGCAUCCUGACGGUCAUUCUGAUGAUGUAUCGCGUCAAGGGCGCCAUCAUCGCCGGAAUCGCCCUUGUCAGCAUCAUCUCAUGGCCACGGACAUCGGCGAUCACGUACUUUCCAUAUACGCCAGAAGGUGACGACUUGUUCAGCUUCUUCCGCCAGGUCGUCAGCUUUCAUAAGAUCGGCCAGAUACUCAACGUCCAGAGGUGGGACAUCUCCGAGUACGGUAGCCAGUUCGGGCUCGCCCUCAUUACGUUUCUCUACGUCGACAUCCUCGACUGCACGGGUACGCUGUAUUCCAUGGCCCGGUUUGCCGACAUGAUCGACCCCGUCACGCAGGACUUCGAAGGCUCCUCUUUCGCGUACAUGGUUGAUGCCAUUGGAAUUUCCAUCGGUUCGAUCAUGGGCAACUCCCCCGUGACUGCUUUCGUCGAGUCCGGAGCUGGUAUCUCUGAAGGUGGAAAGACGGGGCUCACAGCUAUGACUACAGGCAUCUGCUUCUUCAUCUCCAUCUUCUUCGCGCCCAUAUUUGCCUCGAUUCCUCCCUGGGCCACUGGGUGCGUUCUUAUUUUGGUUGGAUCUAUGAUGAUGAAAGCUGUUACGGAAAUCAACUGGCGGUACAUGGGCGAUGCUAUCCCCGCCUUCUUGUGUAUCGUCCUGAUGCCAUUUACGUACUCGAUCGCAAACGGUUUGAUCGGUGGUGUCUGCACCUAUAUUCUGAUCAAUACCCUGGUAUGGAUUAUCGAGAGGGUAUCGGGUGGCCGGAUCGUGCCUCAGGACAAAGAUAGCAAGGAUCCAUGGACGUAUCGAAUUCCAGGAGGAUUCUUUCCUCCCUGGCUUGUGCGCCUGUCAAAGGGCAACAAGAACUUCUGGCGAGAGGAGCCAACCACAAUUACAGAGAUGGUGGUUGAGGAGAACCCGUCAAAGGUGACGAGCGCGAGCGAAAAGGUCUAG